AUGGCUCCUAUCCUGUUAGAACCCACAAUCGUUGAUUCCCAGCCCAGUACUGCUCCGUUGAAAGUAGCAGUCAAUGGCAAUUCCACGAAUGGAGUGGAGUUGAUUCUCAAGGAACGUCCUUGGAAACUUCUGCACCUGGUCGAUGCCCUCAACCCUCCCCCACCCGCCCAAGGUGAACAUGCGGAUAUCCACAUCCAGCGACUACUCCAAUUGGCCUGGGUCACUACCAUUCGGGCAUUCUCCUGCUCAACAACCUUAUACAUUGGUCAAGACUAUGCAAACGGCCAAUGCUACAUAGGCGAAAAGGCUCACGGCUCCUCGAAGCCGACCGUCCAGAUCCACGUAGAUCCUCUUGAUACCGUGAGAGAUCUCUUCCAUGAGAGCAUUGAAGCUCUAGACGCAUUAUUCCAUGCCGAAAUUACGGAGGCCGGUCAUACUGGGAAGGUUGACGAGCGUUUUGGCUUCAAUGUGAUAAUAGUCUACCAGAAGCAACCAGCUGAUCGCCUCCUGUCUGGUCUAGAUGUGGGCGUCGGCGAAUGUCAAGUCUGCUGUGGCAUACCGGCGAGAGAGUCAACAGAGGCUGACUCGAUAUUCGCCGGUCUCCGCCUCUCAAUCCAGCAUACCUCCGACGAUAGGUUACACGCUCGAUUGGAUGUUGGGACCACUGGCAUUGGACUUCCAUUGGCUACCAGCCUCUUGAACAGCUUCAGCCAAGCCCUAUCAUCCAUUGAUGGCAAGUCCACACAGACAGCCGGCAGCCUCGAUUUAUGCUCCGCGCAAGAUCGGGACCAGAUUACUCGACUAACUGCAAACAUCGCGCCUGCCCAUGAUUCCCUGCUACAUGAUCUCUGUUUACGACACGCCAAGACAACCCCGAACGCUCCCGCCAUUCGCUCAUGGGAUGGGGAUCUGACAUAUCGCCAACUGGAGAACUUGAGUUCUCGAUUGGCACAUUGGCUAGUGGGACAAGGCGUCGGCCCAAAUACCUAUGUUGCUUGUGGCUUCUAUAAAUCUACUUGGGCUAUCGUAGCCCGACUGGCUAUCCUCAUGGCUGGCGGCGCAUACAUUUGUGUUGAUGGAAGUGAUCCACCACCAUAUCUUCAAUCUUCACUAGACCGCACCAAAAUAAAGAUCAUGCUCACUUCCGCUGGCUACAAGGAGAAGUUUGCCGAUCGGGUUGAAACUCUCUUUGAGGUCAGCGAGGCAUCCGUGUCCAGGUUGCCAUUGGUGAAUUCGGUCCCUUGUUCGACCGUCAAGCCCACAGACCCUUGUGUUGUGCUUUUCACAUCUGGCAGCACGGGGAAACCAAAGGGCAUCAUCCAAGAGCAUCGUAGCUAUGCUUCAGCAUUGACAGAUUACAUCCGAGUCAUGGACAUGGGGCCUCAUAGCCGGAUGUUCCAAUUUGAUUCAUACACCUUCGAUAUCAGCAAUAAUGACUUCCUGGCGCCUCUCAUUGCUGGUGGCUGUUGUUGUGUCCCCACUAGAUCUCUGACAAUGGACGCACUGAUGAAUGACAUGAAUGAGCUGGAGGGAAACAUAAUGUUCGUCACACCCUCCGUUGCCAUCGACAUGGAGCCUGAGCGCGUCCCCACCCUGAAGAUGAUGUGUAUCGGCGGCGAGCCAGUCUCAGACGCGGUACUCACAAAAUGGCUGAACCACGUUCAGGUGGUAAACCAAUACGGUAUGGGCGAGGUAGCCUCUCUCUGCGCAUAUAAUCGCAAUCUCCAGAUGGGCCACGGGUCAGUGGUCGGUCGCCCUGCUACUGGUGCAAUUUGGAUCGUCAAUCCCGACAACCCCAACCAGCUCAUGCCCGUGGGCGCCGUCGGGGAACUCCUCAUCGAGGGUCCCCAUCUCUCGAAGGGGUAUUUAGACCACGUAUCUGGAAAGUCGGAGAACUUCCUCACCGCACCUCCAGCCUGGAUGGCCCAGCUGCACACCGACAGGCCAAAACACCGCUUCUAUCGCUCCGGCGACCUAGGCCGGUACAACCAUGACGGGACUAUCGAGCUGAUGGGACGAAAGGACAGCAUGCUCAAGCUUGAUGGAGCGCGCGUCGAAGCCGGCCAAGUGGAGUACGCCCUCCGGCGCAAUCUGAACACCGGCGAUGCCGUCGUCGUGGACGUUCUCGGCGUUAUCGACGGCGAAAGCGAUCCUAUUCUUGCCGUCUACCUUUACUUGGCAAAUAACCCCAUGAACAUGGAGAACGGUCCGGUCGAAGAAAUAGAGUUCCGCCCGAUCAGCGACAAGCAUGCUGUGCAUGCGCUCACCCAGUCGCUGAGCGAGGCGGUUCGCCAGAGUUUGCCCAGGUACUAUGUUCCUGGGCUGUAUAUCCUUAUUGAUAGAGUGCCGCGCACCAAGUCCAAAAAGACAGAUCGAAGAAAGCUUCACAUGUUGGGACAGGCUUAUUACAUGGAGCAUCGGGAUGAGCUGGAGGAUAUCACGGUCUGGUUCGAUUGGACUAAGAUAUAA